UUCAAAGUGUUUGCUUUCAAUCAUAUUAAUGUUAAGAAUUCUGUUGUGGAAAUAAUGUCGCUAAGUUUUCUAUUGAUCGCUAUAUUUACAUUGCUUAACAUCAACCAAAUAGAUGGCCAAAAUACUUUGAAUUUUGAUACUCAGUCUGGACUAGAUACUUGGAAUGCUGAUAGUCUGUUAAGCAUGAAAAUUAUUGGAGGAACUAAGGCGAAAUUCGCUUCAACGCCAUAUCAGGUUUCGGUGCGUUUAAAUGGGUAUCAUUUCUGUGGCGGUUCCAUUAUAGCGAACGAUGUGGUGUUGACUGCAGCGCAUUGCAUUUUUAAGGAUCAAUUGAAUAAUUAUCAGGUGCAAUAUGGUGUUGAUAAUGUUGGCAAAACGGCGAAUAUUGUUAAAAUCGCAAAAAUCACCACACAUGAGAAAUUCAACAAGGACACAAUCGAUUAUGAUGUCGCUGUGAUUAAACUCACUGCGCCCAUACGACUCGGUGUGUGGGCGAAAAUUAUACCACUUGCCAAAGCUAAUCCGCCGGCUGGCGCUAAUGCUGUCGUCGUCGGUUGGGGUCAAACCGAUGAAAAUGGCCCAACUGUGCAGCAAUUGCAAAGCAUAAAUGUGAAGAUUGUGGCGCCUAAGGUGUGUAGUCAAAAAUAUAAAAAGAUCGAUAAAAUCACCGAUCGCAUGAUAUGUGCCGGUGUGAGUGGCGGUGGCAAAGGCACUUGUGGUGGUGAUUCCGGUGGUCCUUUGGCCGUGAAUGGCCAACAGGUUGGUAUUGUCUCAUGGGGUGUCGGUUGUGCGCAUCCCGAUUUUCCCGGUGUCUACAGUAGUGUGGCCAAAUUGAGAAGCUGGAUUACAGCACACAUGAAAUAAAGUAGAGGCUUCUAUAUUUUUGCAUAAAAAAAAAACUAAAUAAAUAUAUACAAGUAAAGUCUUGAAAUGUGAA